UAUAUGUAUUAUAUAGUUAAAUAUGCAUUUUUUACAUAAAUGGAAAACUAUAAUUAUGUGUACAUAUCUAUAAGCACAGGAAAUAGUAUAAAAAAAAUUAAGUAUGGCGUUAAUCCUAUCAGCUGAUAUCGUCUGCUGGAAUGAUGAACCAUAGUUAUUAAUUAGUUAUACAGUGUUCUUUUAAGCAUCGUAAACAUACACUCUCAAUCCAUGGCUAUUCUCAUAAAUUAAUAAAUUUACAAUAAUUCAAAGUUAUUUUAAUGACGCAAUGAUUGCUUUAGACUUUAGAUUUUUAAUGGUGAAAAUAUUUGCUAAAUACGAAUUUGAUCGUUUGCAUCAUUGACAGGUGGAAUAAGAAUAUGGGAAAAUAGACAAAAUUAUUUGUGCAAACAAAUUUUUAAGCGAUUGAAUAUUAAAGGAAUCUGCCAAAUAUUGUUAUGCAGAUUCGAUUGUAAUGAGUGACUCCGAACAACGGCAAUUACACGUGCCUUAUCGAGAAUAUCAUAGUCAGAAUAAUACUAAUACUUCUGUCUUAGUAGAAACUGACGCACUGGUAGAUCUUUCAAUCACAUCUAAUAAUUGUUUAUCAGUAAACGAUUGUUCAGAAUUAAUACCAGACGUUGAAUUUGUUCCCAAUCUGAGCAACGAACAAACUAUAGCCAUUGAUUCCCCUGGAAUUGACCGGGAGAGCCAGCCUCUCCUUGGUCGGCUGGAACUUGAUGUCACCUUCAAUCGCUUUCCUGAUGAUCCACAAUUUUCUGAAUUAGUAUGGCAGGCAGAAUUGGCAAUAGAUAAUGGAAUCUUUCCAGAAAGAAUAUAUCAGGGUUCUAGUGGCAGUUAUUUUGUAAAAAAUCCUACAGGGAGAAUAAUAGGUGUUUUUAAACCAAAAGAUGAAGAACCAUAUGGAAGAUUAAAUCCAAAAUGGACAAAAUGGAUGCACAAGCUUUGUUGUCCUUGUUGCUUUGGGAGAAGUUGUUUAAUUCCAAAUCAAGGAUAUCUCAGCGAGGCGGGUGCAAGUUUAGUUGACCGUAAAUUAGGUUUGGGCAUAGUACCAAACACUAGAGUAGUUAAACUUGUCAGUAAAACAUUUAACUACCCACGCUUAGACCGUCAAAAAGCCCGUAUGAAGCAAGCAAUUAUGGACCAGUUUCCAACAGUGGGAUCUCACUUCAAUCGUAUUGGUUUGCCGCCGAAAGUUGGUUCUUUUCAAGUUUUUGUAGAUGGUUACAAGGAUGCUGAUUAUUGGUUAAGGCGAUGGGAAAACGAACCUCUAUCACCUCGACUUAGUAGAGAAUUUCAACUUCAAUUUGAACGCUUAGUUAUUUUGGACUAUAUAAUUAGGAAUACUGAUAGAAGCAAUGAAAAUUGGUUAAUUAAAUACGAUAACAGUAAGGGAAAAAAUGGAAUGGAACAAAGUGAAGUAAAAAUAGCCGCUAUAGACAAUGGUUUGGCUUUUCCUUUUAAACAUCCUGAUUCUUGGCGUGCAUAUCCUUAUCAUUGGGCAUGGUUAAGUCAAGCAAAACAACCAUUUAGCGAUAUAACACGAGAGCUUGUGUUACCACAACUCUCGGAUCAAAAUUUUGUACAAGAUCUUUGUGACGAUUUGUAUCAAUUAUUUAAACAAGAUAAAGGUUUCGAUCGACAUCAUUUUGAUAAACAAAUGAGCGUAAUGCGUGGACAGAUUUUGAAUUUACAACAAGCUUUAAAGGAUGCUAAAAGUCCCGUACAAUUGGUUCAAAUGCCUGCUGUGAUCGUUGAAAAGGCUAAGGGAAAUGGAGCACCAAGACUAUUCUCGUUCUCCGACACAUUUACACAGCGCUUCCAGAACAAAAGUCCUUUCUUCUCUUGGUGUUAGGAAGAUCCUUCUUCUUAAAUGCUUGAAAAACAGCAUUAGCUCUCUGUGUUAACUGAAAAGAACUCUUCGGUGCCUCACAGAUAUACAUCUUAUUAUUUGUUCUGUAUUUCUUAAUUUUAUUACGCAUUACUACCUCUUUUUUCAAUGCUAAUUUCUAAUCUACAGUCUACGUUAGAUUUAUGUUUAAUUUAUCUUAUGUCUAUAGCAUUUUCUUUUAAUUCGACUAUAUUAAUUCAAACCAUAGUAUGAUUAUAUUGUAUACAGUAAAUAUAUAUAAUUGUUAAAACAUAUUUUUCGAUAUGCUUCGUAUAUGGAAAUGUGAAAAAAAAGAUAAACGAAUAUAGGCAGUAUUUUACAACCACGCAUAUAAAUGACAUCCCCUUAAAAUGAAACGUGGACAAUUAAACAUAAUCGCAUUGUAUGUUUCUUAUGUCUUCCAUGUAUCAUUGUUUUGAGAAUACAUCGAUUUACAUGCAUUUUCGUUAGAUGCUAUCAAAAAGAAACAUCUAUCCAAUCUUGAAAAUUAACUGUGAUCUAAAAUAGUGAAAAGAUAUUCUUAUUAUUUAAAAUAAAACAUUCUACAUAUUCA